AUGAUGAAGAACGUUUCAGGAUUAUGUCGACCCUUUUCGAUUUACCAGGUACUUCGUUCCCUUCUUAAAAAUAAUCGUCCCCUCGAAGAACUCUAUCUGCUGAGUUGCCUUGUUCAUCUCCUCCAGAUGCAUCCAUCUUACAAGAAGGUAGAACAUGGAGUGAAGUACAAUCACCUUUAUAUGUCGUACAAGUCCAUUUGUCAGGACGUCGAACGGGUUGUCUUCUGGAUGCACAUGGGAGAGUUAAAGAAGCAGACGGUUGCAAAGUUGGACUACUACGUGGAACAAAGUCCCGAACUGCCAAUCAUGCUUGACAAGCUUCGUUCUGGUGGAAGGAAGGUCUUCCUGCUCACAAAUAGUGAUUUUCGAUAUACUCAAGUAAUCAUGACCUACGUGUUGGAAAUUCCAAAUCAUGACGGCGUCAUUCGGCCCUGGGUCAGUUACUUCGACUACAUUGUCACGGAUGCCCACAAACCACUUUUCUUCGCAGAGGGCACCAUCCUCCGUGCAGUUGAUCAGUUCGGCAGAAGUAUCAAAAUUCUUGCUUUACCGCUCCACCCUCCUUCAGGUUCCUGUGAGGUCUUCAGUCAGCUCAUUGGUGCACGCAGUAAGGAAGUGCUCUAUACUGGUGACCACAUCUUUGGUGAUAUUCUCAAGUCAAAGAAGCAAGUCAACUGGAAAACAUUCCUUGUCAUUCCCGAGCUGCUCAGUGAAAUCUACGUUUGGAAAAAGAAGAAAGAUCUUUUCAACAAGUUGAAUCACCUAGAAAACACACUAGCUGACUCCUAUAUGAUAAUGAUUGAUGGUGCAAGUCGCCUCUUAAGGAAAUUUGCCCCCUUUUUCACCCAACUACCAGAUAGCCUGAGCCUUCCUUUACACCAUUUCUGUUCACGUCUGACCUACUUCUCCACUCAGGCAAUGCGCUUUGCUGACAUAUACUCGCAUAGCUGCUUCAACCUCAUCUACUACCCCCUUUGCUACAUGUUCCGUUCACCGCUAAUGUUCAUGCCGCAUGAAUCGACAGUCUCACACGAGGAAUCACCUAUAGAGUCCUACGACGAACUGGAGGCUAUCCCGUGCGGUCUUCGAAGACGCACGAUGACA